UUUUAUGCACAAUAGCCGCCACGCAUUGUGACUUUGGUGUUGACGAUGACUGUGAAGUUUUUGGAUAUCGUCAAGCCGUUUUGUGCAAUCCUACCGGAGAUCUCUCGCCCUGAGCGGAAAAUCCAGUUUAGAGAACGUGUAUUAUGGACCGGAAUAACUUUAAUGAUAUUUCUCUUUUGUUGUCAAAUACCACUUUUCGGCAUUAUGUCAUCUGAAUCUGCCGACCCUCUUUAUUGGCUUCGAGUGAUUUCUGCAUCAAAUAAAGGAACACUCAUGGAGCUUGGAAUAUCUCCUAUCAUAACGUCUGGCUUGAUUAUGCAACUUCUUGCUGGGAUACAAGUACUCUCUGUUGGCGAUGCACCAAAAGACAGAGCUUUAUUUAAUGGAGCUCAGAAAUUAUUCGGCAUGGUUAUAACUGUUGGCCAAGCUUCUGUGUAUGUUAUGUCCGGAAUCUAUGGUGCACCAAGCGAACUAGGGGCAGGGAUUUGUCUAUUAAUAAUCUUUCAGCUGACGUUCGCAGGUCUUUUAGUUUUAAUGUUGGAUGAACUUCUCCAAAAAGGUUAUGGAUUGGGUUCUGGUAUAUCAUUGUUUAUUGCAACCAAUAUUUGUGAAACCAUCGUGUGGAGAGCAAUUAGCCCCACUACUAUUAACACUGGACGAGGUACGGAAUUCGAGGGUGCUAUAAUAUCACUGUUUCAUUUACUGGCCACUCGUACUGAUAAAGUCCGUGCACUAAGAGAGGCGUUUUAUCGUCAAAAUUUGCCAAAUCUAAUGAACAUACUUGCAACUAUUCUUGUGUUUGCUGUCGUUAUUUACUUCCAAAGUUUCAGGGUCGACAUUGCAGUUAAAUCAAUCCGAUAUCGUGGGCAAUCAACUUCAUAUCCAAUCAAACUAUUUUACACUAGCAAUGCUCCAAUCAUGCUGCAAAGUGCGCUUGUUUCUAAUCUUUAUGUCAUGUCACAAAUGUUAGCUAGCAAGUUCCGAGGCAACUUUAUUAUUAAUCUUUUGGGUGUUUGGUCGGAUGGUGAAGGUGGUUCUCGAUCUGUGCCUAUUGGUGGAUUGUGUUACUAUAUGACGGCUCCGGAUUCUUUGGGUGAUAUGUUAGUGGAUCCUAUACACGGCAUUCUGUAUAUUGCUUUUAUGCUUGGAAGCUGCGCGUUUUUCAGUAAAAUAUGGAUUGAUGUCUCAAAUUCUAGUGCCAAAGAUGUGGUUAAACAACUAAAAGAACAACAGACUGUCGUCCCAGGACAUCGGGAAAAUUCAAUGGUGCAUGAGUUGAAUCGUUAUAUUCCAACAGCAGCUGCACUCGGUGGUCUAUGUAUUGGUGCUCUUUCAGUUUUGGCAGAUUUCCUAGGUGCAAUUGGAAGUGGAACAGGUAUCUUGAUGGCUGUCACAACAAUCUAUCAAUAUUAUGAAGUUUUUGUACGAGAACAAAGUGAAAUGGGUGGUUCUAUGAGUUCUUUGUGGUUAUAAACAACUAUAUCAUCACAAGUCUUUCUUUAUCUAUUCAAAUCCAAUCCAUAUGAUGUGUUUAUUCUAAUGAGGAGUGAGUACAUAAAAAGACAUGGAUUCAGACUGUUGUAUGCUUAGAAAGACUAUAAAAAAAAAGAGUCAACAUAUUUCGACUGUAUAUUAUUUACUAAUUCUCUUUUUUUUCUCACUAGUAUUUAUUGGUCAUCAGUCAGUCACAUAAUAAUAAUAAUAAUAAAUAAUAAUAAAUGUUUGGUUUUUUUUCUCUGUUCAGUAUUUCUGUCCUAAUUAUCAAUUCAACAUCAUGUACAUUCUGAUCAUCAUUAUUCUAUUGUUUUGCACCAUGAUUUUAUAAUCAUCAAACACAGUUUAUGUCUUCUUUAAUUAAAUUUUUCAAGUGUGGAAGUGUUUAUACAAACAGUGUCAAACUAUUUUACUGUUUAUUGACUUGUUUAAAUUACAAUACAACCUAUGUGCAUUGUUCGUUACAUUAGGCCCCCUCCCC